AUGUUCUGCCUGCGCAGCUGGCUCCCGCUCCUAUUUAUACCCACAAAUGCCUCGCCAGCAUUUAUACUCCUCUUCUUUAUCUGCACCUACUUUCUCAACAGGCCGUGCUUUUACUGCUCUUUCUUGCUCUUGAUCCUCUUCCUGACGUCCUGCAAUUGGAGCGACCGAUGCUUCUUCGACCUCUCUGCCAACUGGUUCCAGUCGCGCACAUCUCCAGUCGAACCAGGCACUGGCGACUUGAGCGAUGAGAUCAAGGCUGCUAUUUCGGUGGCAGCUCACGUCGUAAACACCACGGCUGAAGCCGUGGCGACAGCAACCGCAGAACAUAUUGCAAAGGAGCGUGCUGAGUGGACCGGUCUUGGCAUGGAAUGGCUUAGGAGUCUCUUGGGCAAGAGGGAAUGGCGUAUAGAGUGUCUUGAUGUUUAUGUACGCUUAUAA